AUGACCCCCCACCUUAUAAACAACUAUAGUAGAGCCCCCCACCAGUAUUCAAAAACUGCAAUCACUCGAAUAGAAAUGAAUGUUUCGGAUACAAAAAAACCCGACGAAUCCAACGAAAAUCCUGAGGAAGAUCCCGAAAAGGAAGAAGAAGAAGAAGAAAAUGUUACACCAGUCAGUGAGGGAAUUGUUGGAACCUGGAAGCCUACAUCACAAACUGAUUAUCCUCAUUUCUUCAAUUCAGAAAAGCCAGGCAGAAAAAGUCGCUGGCUUAUAGGACAGCUGACCUAUAACAUGAAGAUUGGGCAAAUCUCUUGGGAACUCAUUCCAAGCGAAAAACUGAAAAAUACUGGAAGAGAAACAAAUGUACCACUAAAAAAGCAAUUAGAAUAUUCGGAUCACAGUGAAACUUGGAGUUUUGAAAAUGAUGAUUUGGUUAUUGUCUUCAAGAACAAAUUGGAUCAAAGAGUUAUUAAAAAAUACUACAAAUUCAUUUUGGGUGGAAAACUUCAUAUUGUUUAUCACGAUUUGCAAACCGACGUCACUGCUACUCGAAUCUAUGAAAGAGUGAUCUAA